CCAAUAAUUUUAGAAAAUGGCAGCUGAAGCACCCAAGACUGCUAAGCGUGACGCUCUUCGUGCACUUGAAGGACAGGCACGUACCCUUUGGGACAACGAGAAGGCUUUUGAAGUCAAUGCCCCUACCGUUGAAGAACAUCCCAACCUUGAGGAUCUUCACCAAACUUACCCCAAGCACAUGGCAUGUAUGCCUUUCCCUUACAUGAAUGGUCGUAUGCAUUUGGGCCAUGCCUUUACUUUCUCCAAGGUUGACUUCUGCACUGGUUAUGAGCGUAUGAAGGGUAAGAGAGCUCUUCUCCCUCAAGGUUUCCAUUGUACCGGUAUGCCCAUCAAGGCUUGUGCUGAUAAACUUACUCGUGAAUUGGCUAUGUUUGGUAAGAACUUCGAAAAGUAUGAAGAAUUAGCUUUAGCCAACAAACUCGAAAAGACCGAAAUCAACAAAAAUGUUAAGAGUAAGGUUGCUGCCAAGACUGGUAACGUCACUUACCAAUUCCAAAUUAUGCUUUCUCUCGGUAUUGAUAUCACUGAAAUCCAUAAAUUCGCUGACCCCUACUAUUGGUGCGAGUUCUUCCCUCCUCAAACUAUCAGUGAUAUGACCGCUUUCGGUGCCAAGGUCGAUUGGCGUCGUUCUUUCAUCACCACCGAUGCUAACCCUUACUACGAUUCAUUUGUCCGCUGGCAAAUGAGAAAGUUGAGAGCCAUGCAAAAGAUUAAGUUUGGUGAGCGUUAUACUAUUUACUCUAUUGUGGAUGGUCAACCUUGUAUGGAUCACGAUCGUUCAUCUGGUGAGGCUGUUGGUCCCCAAGAUUAUACAGGUAUUAAGAUGAAGGUUCUUGAAUGGUCCAAGGCUGCUCAAGAUGCUCUUGCCUCUAGCGCCGAUGCCCUCAAGGGUAAGACCGUUUAUUUGGUUGCCGCCACUCUCAGACCCGAAACUAUGUAUGGUCAAACCAAUUGUUUCGUCGGUCCUGAUCUCAAGUAUGGUAUCUACCAAGUAAAUGAUAACGAAGCUUAUCUCUGUACUGAACGUGCUGCUCGUAACAUGUCCCAACAAAAGCUCUUUGCUUCCACUGAAAUCAUCAAGCUUGCUGAUAUUAAGGGUGCUCCCAUUGUCGGUACUAAGAUUCAUGCCCCCAUGAGUGUUUAUCCUGCUGUCUACGUUCUUCCUAUGGAGACUGUCUUGGCCACCAAGGGUACUGGUGUUGUUACCUCUGUUCCCUCUGAUUCUCCUGAUGAUUUCGCUACCCUUUCUGAUCUCAAGAAGAAGCCCGAAUAUUACCAUAUUGAACCUGAGUGGGUCAACGGUUUCGAACCCAUCCCUAUCAUUGACACCCCCAACUAUGGUAACCUCAUUGCUCCCAAGCUUUGUGAAAUCAAGAAGAUCAACUCCCAAAAGGAUAAAAACCAACUUGCCGAAGCCAAGGAAAUUGCCUAUAAGGAAGCUUUCUAUCAAGGUGUGAUGUGUUACGGUGAAUUUGCCGGUGUCAAGGUUCAAGAUGCCAAGCCCAAGGUCAGAGAAUUCUUGCUCAAGUCUGGCGAAGCUUUUGUUUACAACGAACCUGAGAGUCUUGUCAUGUCCCGUUCUGGUGAUGAAUGUGUUGUUGCUCUUUUAGAUCAAUGGUACAUUGAUUACGGAGAGGAGGAAUGGUUAGCCAAGACCAAGAAGUGUUUGGCCCAAUUGAACACUUACACAAACGAAACCAGAAAUCAAUUUGAAGCUGUUUUGGAUUGGUUGAACAAGUGGGCCUGUGCUCGUAGUUUCGGUUUAGGUACCAAGUUGCCUUGGGAUGAGCAAUUCUUGGUUGAAUCUCUUUCUGACUCUACCAUCUAUAUGGCCUACUACACCGUUGCUAACCUCUUGCACGGUGGCUCUGUCAACGGUCAUCAAGUUGGCCCUGCCGGUGUUAAACCUGAGCAAUUAACUGAUGCUGCUUGGGAUUACAUUUUCAAGGUCGGUGAAGCUCCUACUGACACUGAUAUCCCUGAAGCCACUUUCGCUGCUUUGAGACGUGAAUAUGAGUACUUCUAUCCUUUGGAUCUUCGUGCCUCUGGUAAGGAUCUUAUUCCUAACCAUUUGACCUUCUUCAUGUAUAACCACACUGCCAUCUUCCCUGAAAACAUGUGGCCCCAAGGUAUCCGUUCCAACGGUCAUUUGAUGCUUGACUCCAAGAAGAUGUCCAAGUCUACUGGUAACUUCAUGACCAUGAGUGAUGCCACUAUCAAGUAUGGUGCUGAUGCUACUCGUCUUGCCCUUGCUGAUGCUGGUGACACCGUUGAAGAUGCCAAUUUUGAAGAUUCCACAGCUAACGCCGCUAUCUUGCGUCUUUACACAAUUUUGGAAUGGUCUGAAGAUCAAGUCAACAAGGCUGAUGCUCUCCGUACUGGCGAAUUCAACUUUUACGAUAAGAUCUUUGAGAACGAGAUGAACAAGUUGGUUCUCGCUACUGAGACCGCUUAUGAAGCUACCUACUAUCGUGAGGCACUCAAGUAUGGUGUCUAUGAAUUGCAAGCUGCUAAGGAUGCUUAUCAAUUGGCCUGUACUGAAGGUGGUAUGCACAAGGAUUUGGUCUUCCGUUACAUCGAAACCCAAACUUUGGUCUUGUCUCCUAUCACUCCCCAUUGGUCUGAACACAUGUGGCGCAACAUCUUGAAGAAGGAUAGCUUGGUCGUUGAUGCUCGCUUCCCUAAGGCCACCGCACCCGUUGAUCAAUCUCUUGAUGAAGCUACCCGUUAUAUCCGUAAGACCACCAAAUCCAUCCGUGAUGCCGAACUCAACUUGAUGAAGAAGAAGAAGGGUAAGGUUGCUGUUAACGAGUUCAAGCAAAACGAGCCCAAGUCUCUCAAGAUCUUUGCUGCCACCAAGUUCCCUGAAUGGCAAGAAGCUUGUUUGACCGUUUUGAAAGAGAACUAUAACAAUGGUGCUUUUGAUGAUGUCAAGAUUCGUCAAGACCUUGGUGCUGCUGGCGUCCUCAAGAACAAGAAGGCAAUGCCUUUUGUCCAAGAACAAAAGAAGAUUGUCACAAGAGAUGGACCUGAGGCCUUUAACCGUACUUUAAUCUUCAACGAAGUCGAGACUCUUGAAAAGGCCAAGGAUGAGUUAAAGCGUACUCUUGGUUUCCACACCAUCUCUAUCUUGACUCAAGAUCAAUGUGCUGAAGAAGAUGCUAGAGCUGCCGAAAAUGCUGUUCCUGGUGUCCCUUCUUUUACCUUCAAGAACGAAGCUGCUUAAAUUAUAUAUAAAUCUUGCUUCCUCCCCCUCCUUAAAACGGCACCCUUUUUUUUUCGUUUCGUAAAUCAUAAUUCCCAAAUCUUGCAAAAAAUAUUUGUCCUAACUUUAAAAUAAAUUUUAUUAAUUCAAAUCUCACGCUAACAAA